AUGUCCGCCAUCGAGUCAGACGACGAAGGCGAGCUCUUCAACGGGUUCGGCUCCUCGCCAAUCCCAUCCACCUCCUCGUUGAAACCCACCAAGAGAUGGUCCUUCCACAAUAACACCAAACCUAACUUGGUAGACUUGCCCUCAGAGGCCUCCACCAGCCAGCGCCGCCUCAGCGACAUCACAGGCGAGGACAACGUCCACAAAGAAAUCGACCCCAUGAAUCCAGCGUUGUCCCAAAUCGUGGGCGGUGGCCAGUUGUACUCCACAGAAUCGGGAAGGUUGUUUCACGCCGGCAAGAUUUGCAUUGCUUUGGCCGGCUUGCCUGGGAGAGGCAAAACCCACUUGUCGGUGUCUUUGACCAGAUACUUGCGGUGGUUGGGGGUGAAAACCCAUUCGUUCCAUUUGGGCAACUACAGAAGAGCAAAGGCAGAGUCCGACUUGGACCACGUGUUGUUUGUUCCUCUGCCUGACAGUCCCAAGGCCAAUGACUUCCGUAAAGUCAUAGUCGACGAGUGUGUCAACGACAUCCUCAACUUCUUCAAGCACGAUAAGGGCCAGGUUGCUAUCUAUGAUGCCGUCAACGCAUUGCCUGAAUACAGAACUGAUUUGCACAAAAAGCUUACUGACUUGAACAUCCAAGUGUUGUUUAUCGAAAGCUUGGUUACAGACGAUUCCAUCAUCAUGAAAAACAUGGAAGAGGCAGCCAGGUCCUCUCCUGAUUACUUGAGUUGGGACUACGAUAAAGCCUACAAAGAUUACAGUGAAAGAAUCAAGUUCUUGACCCCAUACUACCAGGAAAUGGGUGGUAAGGACGUAGAUUUAUCCUAUAUUAAAUUCAUAAACUUCGGUGAAAGAAUCCAAUUGCACAAUUCAAAUUACGGAUACUUGAUUAAUAAAGUGGUUUUCUUCCUCAUGAACUCCAGAAUAAAGCUGGGUUCCGUUUUUUUCGCCAGAUGCUACAAGAACUCUUUGGAUUAUACGUCAGACCCUCCUUUGGAUGCAGAGGGACUUCAGUAUGCCAAAAAUGUUACCGAGACCUUAUUUAGUCACCUCAAGAGCCAAGGUAAGGAUUACGUCAAAGAAAUUACGUCUACUAGACCUCCAGCUCCAAAGAGACAAUUAUCAGUUGAAGAAAGACACCCUGCCGCGGGUGUUGAUGGAGUUUCUGAUGAUUCCAUAGUAGUCUGGACGUCUACCAAAAAGAGAACCAUUGAAACCACACAAUUCUUCGCCGAGAAAAACAUCAAGAUAAGACACAGAAUCCAGUUGUCGCAAAAGAAUCCAGGUGUGCUUGGUACACUCAGUAACGAUGAGAUCAAAGAAAAGUUUCCGGAUGAGUACGAACACUAUAUCAAGGACCCAUACCAUUACAGAUUUUCUAGAGCCGAGUCGUAUCAUGAUUUGGCCUUGAAAAUUGAACCACUUAUUUUAGAGAUGGAGAGAAUGAGUGGAGACAUAUUGAUCAUAGCCGACGAAACUGUCCUCAAGGUUCUUUACGGCUACUUACUAUCAUGCUCUUGUUACGAUAUACCAUACUUGAAUUUCCUGAGCGAAGACAUAAUUGAAAUUAAGUUCAAUGCAUAUUCGAACACUGCAGAGAGGAUUCCUAUUAAGAGCUUUCCAUGA